AUGACGACGUCUCGUUUCCUUCUGCUCCUCCUGGUCCUUCGCAGUGCAGCCUCCUUUCAGCCAGUUGCAACUACUACUGCUCACCAUCACUCCACGACGUCCUUGUCUGCCAAAAAGACGAGCAGCAACAAGAAAAAGGUGCGUCCAUCGACAUCUGGAUUUGGCGGUGCCGCCACAGAGCCGUGUCCGUGUGGAAAAUCAUCCGACACGUCCUACAUGAAGUGCUGUGGCAAACUCCACAAAAACAUGUUCGAAUUCCAAAAGGCGACACCGGAACAAAUUGUCCGAGCUCGCUACACGGCCUAUGCCAAACGAGAAAUUGACUUUAUCAUCCAAUCCACGCAUCCCAAGAAUGCCAACUUUCAAGCCGAUAUUGCGCAUUGGAGAAGUCAAAUUGAUACCAACUGUUACGACAAUUUUGAAUUGACCAAGUGCGAAAUACUGGACUUUGAUCCCGUCGAUGAUGCCAACACCAAAACGGCCACGGUCAAGUUUGUGGCCAAUAUGAUUCAACGGGAUUCCAGAGAAAAGACGGCCUUUCAAGAGACGAGUACCUUUGAAAAAGUGGGUCCAGUGUGGUUGUACAGAGAGGGGAAGAUUGAAGAUCCACCGGGAAGAGAAAACGAAACGGAAACAGACGGUGAGGAUGUAGAAGCAGAAGAGGAAGAGGGGGCAGCACCAUAG